UUAAUAAGUUCGGUCUAUUUAAUAAUAUUAUUUAAUGAUUAAAAUUAUAAGUCUUUAGAAAAUUUGAAUUCGGAUAAGAAUUAAAAUACUGAAGUUCCAGCCGAAUUUUAAACAGAUUUAAAAGUGAUAACCAAAAUUCAAAACUGACCAAAUUUUAAAAGAAAUGAUUAACCAUAUAAAUUUAGUUUUUGAAAGAAGAGAAAGAAAAAAAAAAAAAAGGCAUAAAUUAAGCAAAUAAACAAAAUUGGACGACAGAAGAGCCCGCCAAACUUCCGAAACAAAGCGUCCUGGUAACUAACACCAUCUUCCUCAAGGUUCAAACGAAAAAAGAGAAAGGCAUAAGACAAAAACAAAAAAGCACUCUUCUUUUUGGAAGGAUUAUGAGAUUUGAAUCGAUCGUUUCAAAGAAUUUGCCUCUAUAUUGAUUCGGAAACAUUGUUAUUUUCAGUAGUGACAACCUCUCCUCUUAGUAUUCUCCAACAAACCAAAACCGCAAGACAGCUUUAAGCUACAAUGUUUUGGUUUGUUUUUUCUCCCAAUUCCUCUAUUAAUUCUCAUUUUCUAGUUUCUCUCUAUUUUCCAAUUAAAUUCAGUUGCACUGACCUUGUUUGGCGAAAAAAGUGAUCAGAAGAAGCACCGUCCUGGCAGCAGUAGCAACAGUGGUGAUGAGAUGGAUAAGGAGAAGGAUAUUGAAGGGCUACAAAAGGAUUUGGCCAAUUACAAGGUGCAGCUGGAAGCAAAAGAUGCAGCCUAUUUGCAGCUAUUGCACAAACUAGAGCACUACCAGAAAACAGCUGAGGAAUUUUCUGUUCAACUAAAGAAUUCUGAGGUUGAGAGAGAUUUCUACUGUGAAGAAUGCGGAGAAGCUAGAGUUCGGGCUAACGAGCUCGAGGCAAAGGUGAAGGAGAUGACUGAUCAGCUGUUAGACACUGGAAAGGUAAAGGAACAGCUUUCGCAUGUUUUAGGUGAAUUAAAGGCAGCGCAAGGAGAGGUGCUUAGUAUGGAAACAGAACUUGUUGCGGCCAGAGAAGAGAAGCUCAAGGUAUUGACACAAGCAAAAAUGGUGGAAACUGCUGCAAACAUUGAAAAGGAGAGAGCUGAACAGCUCCUGAAGCGCGUUAGUGAGCUCAAUCAAGCCAUUUCGUUGUCGAGGCAGGCUUCUUUUGAUGCACAGAAAGAGAUAACCAAUUUUUUUCCUGAGAAGAAUGACGAGACAGAAGACAUAAGAAAACAAGAGGAAAUGAUACACGAAUUGGAGUGUCAGCUGCUUUCCAAAUCCGUAUUUAUCGAUUUGCUACAGGUGGAACUUAAUCAAGCAAACGAACUAUUAAGCUCGUCUGACAAGAUUGUAUCUGAUGCCAUGAAUGAUCUGAACAAGCUAAAAGAAAAUCUCAAGGACAAAGAGAAAGAGAACUCUGAUCGAGCGGUUUAUGUUGGGGUCCUGGAAAGUGAAAUGAAUAUGUUGAAGAAAGAACUUGAGAGUGCAAAUGAUGAGGCAACUCGCUUGAACAGCAAUGUCGGAAAGCUGACAGAUGAGUUGGAGAAGGUGAAUAUUGAAAUGGUAGAAAUGAAGGUAAGAGAGAAUGAAGCAGAAGUUGAGAUAGCAUUGCUGAAAGCUGAGCUUCAUAAAGCAAGGGCAAAACUUGCAGCAGCAGAAGCAGCUGAAGCAAGAGCCGGAAACGUUCAAUCCGGGUUAUAUCUUGCCGUUCAACAACUAUCUGAUGAAGCAGAACACUUCAAGAAAGAAAACCGGCGGUUAAAACAAGAAUCUGAUGAAUACGGUCCGGCAAGUGAGAUGAUGGCAGAAGCUGAUGAGGAAAUAGUUGACGAUGAUGGCAAGAUUACAAUUUCGCUAAAAGAGUACGCAUCGCUGACAAGGAAAGCUGAGAAAGCCAACCAUUGUCCAAGAAAAGAUACUAAUCUUUCAAGUACAUCAGGAAACAAGUACGAAUUGGAGAUUCUGAAGAAAGAAUUGGAAACUGCAAUAGCAAAAGUUGCAGAGUUCAGGACACGAGCAGAACAGGCUGUUACAAGAGCUGAAGCAGCAGAGAGAGCUAAAUUAUCACUUGAAGAUCAGCUAAGGAAAUGGAGAGAACAGAAGCAGAGGAGAAAGGCUGCUUUAGCUGCACUUAGAGAGGAAUCUUUAUCGAGGGAAUUCUGUUCUUCAUCAUACGACAAUAAUACACCAAGAAAUCAUCAGCCAUUGGGUAAGGUUCUAAAUAUAAAAUUCUAGUCUUCUUUAACGCUCUGAUGGAUUAAUGUUUCCUUCAAAUAAUGAAUCCUUCACAGCAACAAAAAUUGUCUGAUCCCUUCAAUGCAUUUUGUAUCAAGACUUAUAAAGAACUGUAAUUUUGCAUGGUUUGCGAAGGAUUUAUUGGCCUUGGCCCUCGAGGUGUUUGGCAAAAUA